GUGGGGCAGAAGAGGGGCUGCACUGGGAGCUGUGCGUGGAUCCCAUCCUGCCCUCGACCAAGGGUUCCUUCCGACGUCAGGGUGCAGGUGGUUUGGUGGGAUUUCUGGAGCCCCGUUGGGGGCAGGUGCAGCCCUUCUUCCCCAUCCCCUCUGUGGUGGCUGUAACCCCCCCUUGCCCUCCCUCUGCCUCCCUUCCCACCCUCUUCUCCAGCUCCGGACGCAGAUGGGGUUCCCCAGGAGCCCGUGGGGCCUCCUCAGUCCUUUCCUGACUCUCCACCUCUUCCAGCUGGGAUCAGCAGAGCUCAGAGUGGUGGGACCAAGGCAACCUCUCCUUGUCACUGUGGGGCAGGACGUCGUGCUGCCCUGUCACUUGUCCCCACGCAUGGAUGCUCAAAGCUUGGAGAUCAGGUGGAUCCGGCACCUGGUCUCUGAAACGGUGCACCUCUACCAAAACGGAGAGGACCAGUAUGGUGAGCAGAUGAAGGAAUACGUUGGAAGGACAGAGUUGGCCAGAGAUGGUCUCUCCAAUGGGAGCCUGGACUUGCGAAUCUCUGAGUUGAGACCCUCUGAUGAUGGCCUGUACGUCUGCACUGUGAGAGAUGCUGGCACCUAUGCAGAAGCUAUGGCGGAGGUGGAGCUGGCAGGUUUGUGGGUACUGUGGUGUGUCCUGGGCACGUUCCAGAUGUCCGUGGGUUGGUGUGUCCCUCUCAGAGCUCUGUCCCAUCCUCACGUCCUUUCAUUUGGUGCCGAAGGCCAGGAGGUGUGGAAAGAGGUUGGAUGUGAGUGGGAUCUUCCCAUCCAUCCCUGCCCUGAAUGGAGCAUCCAUGUGGUGCUGGAGGUGUUUUUGGGGCAGAGGAGCACAGACACGGUGGCUUUGGGUCUCUGUGGUGUCCUCGUGAUGCUGUGUUCGUGGAGAGAUGUUGCCUUGAGGGACCAAAGCUUGUCCACUUG